AUGCCAAGUCUGGCACUGAACACAGAAGACAUAGAAGAACCUGUGGUUGUGGUCAUUCCAUCUUUUACAUUGAGAGGGUAUGGUACAGACACACACCACGAGUUUGAAGUGAAGAUCCGAGUGCUGGAAGAAGAGACAUGGAGUGUGUUUCGUCGCUACAGAAGAUUCAGAGAGAUGCAUGAGCAUCUGAAGAAAAAAUACCCAGAGGUGGCAGCUUUGCAAUUCCCUCCCAAGAAGUGGUUUGGAAACAGAACAGAAAAAGUUGUAAAGGAAAGACAAAAUCAGCUGCAGGAAUAUGUUCAGAAUGUGCUGAGGGUUUGCAGGAAGAACCCAGAUUGCCCCCUGCAUCCAAACAAAAGCAAAUAUCUUUCUAAGCAGACACUAUUUGAAUUUUCACUCUUUUUUAAGAAAGGAGUAUUCGAGUCUUCAAAACAUGGUACAGGAUAG